AUGGCUGUGCAGAGGUCCAUUAUUACAUUGGAGUUAUCGCUCCUGUCUCUGGUAACACUGCAGUUCUUAAACAGCUACUAUAAGGAAGACUUAUGGUUUAUUAAUAUAGUUCCCAAUUACAACAAUCAGCAAUCAGUCAACAAUCAGCUCAUCCCCUAUAAGCGCACACUUGGUGUCAGCGGGAAGGAAAAACUCCCUUUAAACAGGAAGAAACCUCCAGGCUCCAGGGAGCGGCAGCCAUCUGUUGUGACUGAAUUGUACAGAAGAUCCCAGAACUCUUCUAAGAACAGUAAAAUGUUUAAAAAUAAGUCAAAGGUGACCGAUCAGACUGCCACUGGGCAGGGUUGCCUAAUUGCCUAAUAUGCCUUGAUUUGGUUAGGCAUCAGGAAGAAGUCAAAAGUGCCUGGUGUCAUGAUAACACAGUUUAUGGAGGAACUUCCAGAGGGGAUGACAACUCCAGAUUUCACCCGCAAACCGAUUGCUCUAACUAUUCAAGAGGGUAAAUUUGCAUUCUUUAAAGCCAUAAUAGUAGGAACCCCAACCCCUACUGUGACAUGGAGUAGAGCAAAUGGAGAAAUACUUUUUCACCCUGCUGUGUGCCAACAAAAAUAUGAUGAGGCAACCCAAGAACACACCCUUGAGUUCCCUAAAGUUGCUCCAGAAGAUGCUGACACCUACAAGUGUUUUGCAACAAAUGAAUAUGGAAGGGCUGUUUGCACUGUUGUUUUAAAUGUUAUUGAAGCCCCCAGACGCUUGCCAAUUGACUUCAGAAAAACACUAAAAAAACGUAAUCCAGAUGGAACACGUGAGCAUAAGCCAAUGGAGACAGAGGAGAAGGUCUGGGAAAUUCUGCUCAGUGCAGACAAGAAAGACUAUGAGCGUAUCUGUGCUGAGUAUAGUAUCACAGACUUCCGUGGCAUGCUAAAGAAACUUAAUGAAAUGAAAAAAGAACGAGAAGAGGAGAUCGCAGAGUUUGUCACACAUAUCAGCAGUUUAAAGCCUAUUGAGGUCAAAGAUGAUGAUUAUGCAACAAUUGAGUUGGAUAUGGAUCUCAAGGAUCCUAGCAGCAAAAUGUACUUGUACAAGGAUGGUGUCAUGGUUCCAUUUUCCAAAGAAGAGGGUGAUGAGCUGAAACAUAGUUUGAAACAAGUUGGCAAAAAAUACAUAUUCAAAAUCAAAAAACUAGGAGCAGAAGAUGCUGGACUCUACUCAGUGGAUGUUGAGGGUGUCAACGUGUUCUCCACUGAUCUUAAAGUACCUCCAGUCGACUUUGCUGUCAAAAUACAAGAGGUCAAGGCAGAAGAACGAGAGGACGCCCUCUUUCAAUGUGUCCUAACUGCACCCAUGAAUGAGAUCAAAUGGUAUGGCAAAAGUGCUCUGCUGUCAAAUAGUGAAAAACAUGAAAUUACUGUAUCUGAGGAUAAGCUCAUCCACAAAUUGAUUGUGCGGGACUGCAUGCCUUUGGAUGCCGGUAUCUAUGCUGCUGUGGCAGGAAUAAAAUCUUGCAACGCUUGGCUUAUAGUUGAAGCUGACAAAGAUCCUGCAAGUAAAGGCAAGAAGGGGGCUCGCAAAACCACCAUGGCUGGAGGUGGCAACGAAGAGGAGCUGUUGAAAAUAGCAAAGGACCAGCAAGAAAAAUAUCAGAAAGAAUUGGAAGAAAAACUGGAACUUGCAAAGAAAGCCCAAGCUGAGAAAGAAGCCGCUGGAGCAGCAACCCAAGAGGAUGAAGAAGCAGCUAAAAAGGCAGCUGCUGAAGCCAAAGCUAAAGCUAAGGCUGCUGCAAGAGCUAAAAGGGCAGCAGCUGGUAAAGACGGAGCUCCGAGGAAAAGUAAGAAAAAAGGAGCUGGUGCUGGAAGUGGCGCGGCCUCUGCUGAUGGAACUGUUGGUGCCGGGGGUGCUGCUGGUGUUGGUGGGGCUGCCGGUGCUGAUGGAACUGUUGGUGCCGGGGGUGCUGCUGGUGCUGGGGGUGCUGCUGGUGUUGGUGGGGCUGCCGGUGCUGGUGGUGCCGGGGGUGCUGCUGGUGUUGGCGGUGCUGUUGGUGCCGGGGGUGCUGCUGGUGCUGGCGGUACCAGCGGUCCUGGUGGCGCUGGCGGUGCCAGUGGUGUUGCUGGUGCUGGUAUUGGUGCUGGCGGUGCUACUGCAGUUGCAGGUGCUGGUGGUACCAGUGGUAUUGGUGCAGGGGGUGCAGGCAUUGGAGUUGAUGGUGGUGCCAGUGCUGGUGGACAAGAAGGUGGACAUGGAGCUGCAGCCAUUGGAAAAGGUGGAGCUCAAGGCGCAGCUGGAGUAGGAGUCGGUGGCGGUGAAGGAGAAGCUUUUGAGGAAGAAGAUGAAUAUGAUUCAUUUGAAGAUUCUGAUGAAGAAUUUGAGGGGGAGUGGGGAGAAGAAGGAUAUGUAGGAGGAGGAGGAGAGGAAGGAGAAGGAGGAGAGGGAGGAGAAGGGGGUAAAGGAGGAGAGGGAGGAGGUAAAGGAGGAAAACGCAGAAAACGUGUGAGAGCUGGUCCUCUGGUUCCAGAUACCGUAAUAGACCCAGGAGUUCACUUUCAUGCUGGGCUUUCUGACUGCAAAGCCAUUAUUGGAGAAGCGGCAGAGCUGGAGUGUAAAGUGAGCAGUGAAGACUGUGUGGGAGUCUGGUACAAAGAUGGAGAAGAGAUUAAGUCAUCUGAGGGGUUAACUAUUUCAAAGGAUGGAACAUUUCACAGACUGAAAAUUCAUAAAGUCACAGAAGAAUUUGCAGGGAAAUAUAAAUUUGAAGCAGACGGGCGUAAGACAGAGGCUGAGAUUGCUGUUGAAGAUCCACCACGAUUUAAUGCUGAAGAUCUGGAAGCAUUCAAAACUCCUGUCACUGUGAAAAAAGGACACAAAGCUACGUUCAACUUGGCUUUUAUUGGACGGGAACCUAUAAAAAUUCAGUGGUACCGUGAGGGUGAAGAGCUUUCGGAGGAGGCAAACAUCAAGAUAGAGCAUUCAGAGGGGUCUAGCCGUCUACUGCUAUUGAAGCUUCAGCGUAAAGAUAGUGGUGAAAUCAAGAUUAAACUCAAAAAUGAGUUUGGCACUAUGGAGGCUCUCAGCCAACUUGUUGUACUGGAUAAACCUACUCCUCCAAUGGGACCUCUAGAGAUUGUUGAAGCCUCCUCCUCUGCAGUUGAAUUCAAGUGGAGACCCCCAAAAGACAGUGGUGGCUGCAAGAUAUUAAACUAUAUCCUUGAACGACAACAAGUUGGUCGUAACACCUGGAAGAAGUUGGGGCCAAUUGGUCCUGAGGCCAAGUACAGGGACACGGAUGUAGACCAUGGCCGAAGGUAUUGCUAUCGUCUCAGAGUGGAGACUGAAAUGGGCAUCAGUGAGCUGAUGGAAACGGAGGACAUUCAAGCUGGUACAAAAGCAUACCCUGGACCUCCAUCAGCACCCAAGGUUGUCAGUGCCUUCAAAGACUGUAUCACUCUCUCCUGGUCUCCCCCUGCUGAUACUGGAGGAACCAGUAUUCUGGGAUACAACCUUGAAAAACGCAAGAAGGGCAGCAACUUAUGGGGCCCUGUCAAUCCACCCAAUGAGAUGAUUAGAGGGAAGCAAUUUGCUGUGAAAGAUGUAGUUGAGGGCAUGGAGUAUGAAUUCCGUGUGUCUGCGAUCAAUAACUCUGGAGCCGGUGAAUUCAGCUCCCCUUCAGAAUUCGUGUUUGCCAGAGACCCUAAAAAACCUCCUGGUAAAGUCAGUGACUUCAAAGUGACAGAUUCCACUUACACAACCAUGUCCUUGUCUUGGACAAAACCCAAGGACAUUGAGGGGGUUGCAGAUGAAGCAAAGGGAUAUUUUGUGGAGAUCAGGCUUGCAGAAAACACAGAGUGGGAUCGCUGUAAUUUGAAUGCAAUAACCAUGACGUCUUAUACAGUAAAAGGCAUGAAGUCAAUGGCUAUGUACUGGGUAAGAGUCAUUGCUAUCAAUGAAGGAGGCCAUGGAGAGCCACAGGAACUGGAUAACUACCAUAUCUCUAUGCCUCCUCCUGUGAGGCCCCGAUUCACUGAUGCCAAAAUUAAGAGUUUUAUGGUGGUGAGAGCAGGAAAUUCAGCACGAUUCAACAUUAACUUUGAGGCCUCUCCUUGGCCAGAUGUAAUCUGGCUAAAAGAUGGUGUGCCAGUGUCUAAAAAAGUGACCAUCAGUAAUGCAGAGGGUACAUCCCAGAUUCUCAUUCCUUCUGCUGAGCGCUCAGAUACUGGAGUCUAUACAAUCAUUGUAAAGAACGUUGUUGGGCAAGAAACAAUCAGCAUUGAAAUUAGAGUCACAGAUGAGCCCAAGCCUCCAGGUCCUGUGGAGUUAGAUGAAAAUGUGCAUGGUACUGUGACUAUUUCAUGGACAGCAUCUCCAGAUGAGAAACGUGAUGACAGGCUGCACUACAUGGUGACCAAGCGUGAUUCAAGCAAAAGAACAUGGAACACCAUUGCAGAUCGAAUCUUCAACAACAGAUUCACAGCAUGUAACAUAAUGCCAGGACGAGAAUACCAGUUCAGAGUCUAUGCAAAGAACGACAUGGGCUCCUCCAAACCCUCUGAAUCACCCAAGUGGCUGAUUCCUGCCAAAAAAGAAAAGUUCACUGUGAGAGUGCCAGAAUCAAAGACGUGCAAUCUGCUGUGUCCUCCCAAGUUCAUUGUCCCACUGAAAACCCACACAGCUCCUGAAGGGUAUGAAUGCUAUAUGACUUGUGCUAUAAGAGGGGAUCCAACACCUCAUGUCACAUGGCUCCGCGACAAUGUCAGUCUGAAUACAAACACUAACUACUUAAUCUCCAACACCUGUGGAGUAUGCUCUCUGCUCAUAUUGAGGGUUGGCUCGAAAGACACCGGGGAGUACAAGGUUGUUGCAGAAAACUCUUUGGGAAGGGCAGAGUCUGCAACUAAACUCACAGUCAGAGAUACAUAUCAGAUAGCCUACAUGCGGCUCCACCAGUGGCACUACAACCCUCUGUAUCAGAUCCUAUAA